AAUGUACCGGAAGUUGGAUUACCACAAUCUCCCCGUACGACCAGAAGAAAUAUGCUGAAAGAUGAACUUUCAGAAAGUUUACGUCAAAACUUGUUAUGGGAAAGACAAAGUCGCAAUCGAAUGUUGGGUAUUGGAGGUAAUCGAGUUGCA